CGUGCUCAUAUUAAAUCGGCUCGCGAGCUGCCUGUUUAUAUCACGGCUGGAAAUCACAAGUGCUCAAAAAUAAUGGGAUUUAUAUGGAUUUAUAGUUUCCUUCCUGGAUUACAGCUGGCCCUCAGUGUUAAUAUGGAGGAUGCACCGACUCUUGGACGUGAUUCUCCACGGCUUCUGAGCCUAGGUACAGUUAGGGUUGGGUUUGAACACCCUUACAACCAGAAACACAGUGUGUUCUACUUUGAUGAAGACUCUGGAGAGAUGUUUGUUGGAGUUAAUGACCUUCUAAUCAAACUGGACAGGGAUGAUCAUCAUGUCAUAGAGAAAUAUCACCUGAACACGACAGGGCCGCAGUCGUGCGAAAAAACGAGCACUUGUGAAAAUGUCAUCACUGCCAUUGAGAAGUUUGAGGGCAGCCUGUUCAUCUGUGGAACUAAUGGACAAAAACCACAGUGUUGGAAACUAGUUUCAUCAACAAACAAUCAAUCUCAUCAAAUAGUGAAGAGUUAUGAUGGGAAAGGCAUCUCUCCUCCCUUGUACACGCAGAAUUCCCUGACGCUCACUGUAGAGGGAGACCUUUAUGCUGCAGCACCUAUGGAUAUUGACAGAAGUUCAUUGCAAUUCAGAAGAAAAGCUGGCAGCAGAAGAAAUUUGUGGAUGAAUGAAAAAUUGGUCUUAGAGCCCACAUUUAUUUCUGCGUCCUGGGUGAAACGAGAGGAAGACCCCGACAACGAUAAAAUUUACAUCUUUCUUCGGGAAAAGAACUCAGACCCCAGUCCUGAGGCUGACCCCUGGAUAUCAAGGGUUGCCAGAGUGUGUAAGGUAGAUGAAGGCGGAUCAAAAAGAUUAUUGCAAAGCAGGUGGACAUCAUUUCUCAAAGCCCGUCUUGUUUGUGGAUAUCCAGAGGAGUCACUGUAUUUUAACCAUCUCCAGGACAUCUACAUCAUGCACAACAAAGACUGGCACAAGACGAGGGUCUAUGCCCUUUUCUCAAGCAGCUGGAACUCUACAGCAGUUUGCAUCUAUACUGUGCAAAUGAUUGAAAACAUAUUUGAGAACUCAACUUUCAAAGGCUAUGACAAAGACAUCCCCAACCCGAGACCGGGAACAUGUGUUAAAGACAGCAAAAGACUCCCACUGGCCACAGUCCAUAUAGUGAGGGAUUACCCAGAAAUGACUGACUGGGUUCACUCCAUUCGCUCCAAAGCUCCAUUUUAUAUAAGCAGCAACAACUACACCAAGAUAGCUGUGGACCAAGUUCUAGGAGCGGACCAGUGCAUGUACAACGUCCUGCUUUUAGCCACCGAUUCCGGGAAGAUCCAUAAAGUACUGGAGUCUGGGUCUGAGCCUUUUAUCAUCUCCGAAGCUCAGGUGUCCAACAGUUCAGCCAUACAGUCAAUGAAACUUGACUCCAAAAAGAAAAAGUUAGUCGUGGGUUUCUCAGAGAAAGUCUCCACCGUGGAUCUCCAGAUGUGCAAGAACUACAACAAGUCCUGUGCUGAGUGUGUUCUGGCCCGGGAUCCAUACUGUGCCUGGACUAAGUUUGGAUGCACACCGACUGUCCCUGGGGGCAUUCAGAAUGUCGUGGAUGGAACAACAGCAGUGUGCUCUUCAUCAGCAGAAGAACAAAAGUUGGUAAAUCGGUCCAAACGGGAGAUAGAAACAUCGUCACCAGGGAGUUUGAGGGCAGUGCAUUCAGUUUCCCUCGGUGUCCCCUUCUACCUGACAUGUCCUAUAGACUCUUACCACGCCGUCUACACAUGGGAGCACGGCGGCCAGAGCAGCCCUUGUCUGCAAAUGCAGUCAAACUGCCUGCACCUCAUUCCAGCAAUGGCACGGGACAACUAUGGCAUCUACGAGUGUGUCUCCAUAGAGAGAGACUACUCAAAGGUGGUGAAACAAUAUCAGCUCGCAGAGCAAAUGAACCCAGAGACAAAGAAGAGGGAGAAUACUGAGUUUAAACUAAAUAAUGCAUCAGCUGUGGUGUCGCAGAUAGUGUUGUGCCUUCUUGGAGUGGCUGUUGCAGUGUUGUGCUAGUGACUACUUAGCCACCAAUUAUACUGCUUUCUGCAAAAUGUAGCAUCAACUUUCUCAGACUCUUUGUCUCUUUGCCACAAUUCAGGUCAGGAUGCAGGCAGCACUAAAGGAAAUCCACUGUUCCACCAACAAAGCUCAAUGACUCAGACUGGAACACGGAGCUUAAACCCUUUUCAGUGCAGUUUUCUUUGGCAGAGUCACUUUUCAAGUCAAAUAGCCAGGUUGGAUGGUGGAUUUUUAAACAGAAGCCAGCACAGGAAAAGCCUGGUGUGAUGGAAGGAGAAAACAAAACAAGUGGCCACCAACAGGAUGCAACGUUCAUAUGAGAGGGCUUUUGAUCGUUUGCACCUUGUGUGAAGGGCUGCUAUGUUUCUAUUAGUGUGUUUCUCUCCUCGAAGACGAGGCAAAAAAAGUGAAGUUAAGUGACGCGAUUUAAAUUCAACACUCAAACCGAGCUGUGGUCCCCUAAAGGGAAGGGUGAAGGCACCAGAGACCUUCACUCAAUGUCCUUGUUUUUCCAGCCCCUCCCUGCAUUUAAAGAGUGCCUGGGGAAAAUGAAACUGCAAUGAACACUGUUAGAUGACACAGAUACUGCUGCUGCUGUAAGGCACUGAAAUACAUGUACGUGGCUGUAGCACAAGCAAUAAAUUCAUUAGUCAUCGCACAUGACACGAAACUGGUUUGAGACUUGAAGUUGAAUGGAAUGUCUUUGACUUUGUGUCUCACUGGAUUUCCUAAUUAUUACGAUAUAUUUGUAGUAUUUAUUUCAAGAUAGAAAUAUAUAACGUGACACUAUUUUGGUUGACUAGUACACUCCACUGAUGUCAGCACGAAAUGUAGAGGCACAGGUGAGGCUGUAGCAAUAAAACACCUGGGUGUAAAAAAAAAGUGAGCUUUAUCUGUCAACCUUGUAAGUUGAAAAGUUUGGAAAUCAAGUAAGAGAGUCAUGGUUGAGAUGGUUUGGUCACAUACAGAGGAGGGAUAGAGGAAAAGGGUAAAAGAGGAAGACCACAGAGAAGGUUCAUGGAUGUUG